GGCGCCGGUGUGGCCUUCGCCCGCAAAUACUUGGGAACCAACGAGAUCUGCUUGGCCUUGUACGGCGACGGUGCGGCCAACCAGGGCCAGGUGGCGGAAGCUUACAACCUGUCGGCCCUGUGGAAACUACCCUGCGUUUUCAUCUGUGAGAAUAACCGCUACGGAAUGGGGACAGCCACCGAGAGGGCAGCAGCCAGCACCGAGUACCACAAGAGAGGCAACUUCAUCCCGGGGCUGAGGGUGAACGGAAUGGACAUCCUCUGUGUCCGCGAGGCGACCAAGUUCGCGGCUCACUACUGCAGGUCUGGGAAAGGGCCCAUUUUGAUGGAACUGCAGACCUACCGAUAUCAUGGACACAGUAUGAGCGAUCCAGGGAUCAGUUACCGUUCGCGAGAAGAAGUUCAAAACAUGCGAAGCAAGAGCGAUCCGAUUAUGCUGCUCCGAGAGAGAAUGAUAAACAACAACCUGAGCAAUGUGGAGGAAUUGAAGGAAAUCGACGCGGAUGUGAAAAAAGAAGUCGAGGAGGCAGCCCAGUUUGCUACAUCUGAUCCCGAACCACCUUUGGAAGAGUUAGCCUAUCACCUCUUCUACCACAGUCCGCCUUUUGGAGUGCGUGGUACAAAUAAGUGGAUCACGUAUAAGUCCGUCAGUUAG